AUGAAGGCAGAUCCGACGUUGCAGCAGAAGAUCUUCCAGUACCAGGUGGUUGGCCGGAAGCAGCCGACCGAGGCGGAGCCUACUCCGUCUCUGUUCCGCAUGCGUCUGUUUGCGCGGAACAAGGUUCUGGCUGUCUCCAAGUUCUGGUAUUUGUUGAAGAAAAUGAAAAAGGUGAAGAAGAGCACCGGCGAGAUUUUGGCUGUCAACGAGAUCAGGGAGAAGCGGGCAACUUUCGUUAAGAACUUUGGAGUCUGGUUGCGCUACGACAGCCGAACUGGAACGCACAACAUGUACAAGGAGGUCAGAGACAUCAGCCAGAACGGCGCCGUCUCUCAGUUGUAUGCGGAAAUGGCCGGAAGACAUCGUGCCCUGCCCAGCAACAUUCAGAUCAUUCGCGUGGCGGAGAUCAAGGCUAGCCAAUGCAGGCGCCCGCACAUGCAGCAGAUGUUCGACAGCAAGUUGAAGCUGCCCGCGAUCCGGCGCAUCUUCCCCACCCCUAAGGACAAGAAGUCUGUCUUCUGUGCGAGGAAACCCACUCUGUUCCUCCAGUAA